GUGGGAGUGAGCGAGCGAGUGUUUACUUCCGGCCGCCGCCGCCGCGAGCUGAGGGCCGAGAGAGUCGGGCGGCGGGCGCGGCGGUCCCCGCGCAGCCAUGGACUGGCUCAUGGGGAAGUCCAAAGCCAAGCCCAACGGGAAGAAGCCCGUCGCCGAGGAGAAGAAGGUGUACCUGGAGCCGGAGUACACCAAGUCCAGGAUCACCGACUUCGGGUUCAAGGAGCUGGUGGUGCUGCCCCGGGAGAUCGACCUCAAUGAGUGGCUGGCCAGCAACACCACGACGUUCUUCCACCACGUCAACCUCCAGUACAGCACCAUCUCAGAGUUCUGCACGGGGGAGGCGUGCCAGACGAUGGCCGUGUGCAACACACAGUACUACUGGUAUGAUGAGCGGGGCAAGAAGGUGAAGUGCACGGCCCCCCAGUACGUCGACUUUGUCAUGAGCUCCGUGCAGAAGCUGGUGACCGACGAGGACGUGUUCCCCACAAAAUACGGCCGCGAGUUCCCCAGCUCCUUCGAGUCCCUGGUGAAGAAGAUCUGCAAGUACCUGUUCCACGUGCUGGCGCACAUCUACUCGUCGCACUUCAAGGAGACCCUGGCGCUCGAGCUGCACGGACACUUGAACACGCUCUACGUGCAUUUCAUCCUCUUUGCCCGCGAGUUCAACCUGCUCGACCCCAAAGAGACGGCGGUCAUGGACGACCUGACGGAGGUGCUGUGCGGCGGCGGCGGCGGGGGCCGCGGGGGCGGGGACGGGGCGGGCGGGGCGGCGGGCGCACAGAACCACGUGAAGGAGAGGUGAGCCCGGCCGCCCGCGUGCGGAGAGGCGGCGCGCGGAGUGUGGGCGCGGGCGCUCUGUGCCGCCGGCACCGAGAACUUUGGGACUCCGCUCGUCUGCUCAGCAGACACUUAGGGACCGCCCCCGUCCAAGUCCCCUUCUGUGGGUCCGUCUCUCCCGGUCUUCUGCGCCUGCCCCGCCACCUGGCUCGGCCUCCGGGGAGACACGCGACAGGCGGGGCUCCUUCCCCCGAGGUGGGGACCGCAGGCUUCGCUUCCACCGUGUUUCGUCUUGGUUAGGGCUGGGGGUGGCCUUCUCCUCCUCUCUCCCGCUUGGUCUGGACCUCGGCUGUUGGUGGCUCAGGGCGGGUGGGGAGGGGGAGGCUGCAGAGCACCGAGCUGCGGCCCUGUCUCCCUGCGCUGCCCCCGCUGCCCAGGAGGGGCCCCCUGGGCUGCCCGGCUCGGAUCCCGGUGCCCUGGCGGGCGGCUUGUGCGGAGACGCGGUCGGGGGCAGGGGGAGAGCCUGGCUUCCCUGUGCGGGUGUAAUAAAAAGACUUCUCUCAGGUCAGCGCCUGCGUGUGUCCUCAGCGUCUCGGUGCCCUCUGGUCUGGCCACACACCCCUCUCCUCUGCCCUUCCCCGCCCCUCUGCGCCCCUGGGGCAGCGCCCUCCCCUGCAGCCCGGGCGGUGGAGCCCUCUCGCUGACCAAGGCUGUGCUGGCCAGGGGCAGGUGCCACCCUUCUUGCAGGGGCCGACCACAGGCCCCCCU